AUGGCUUUUAUGCUGGCUCCGUGUCCUUUGUGGUCGUGUUCUGCUUUUAUCCCACAUUCGCGAAUAUUUUAUGUUAACCAGCUUCACAGCGCGGUGUCACGUGUUUGUUUUGUCAGAGUGGCACAUCUCAAGCCCUUGUUGGCAUUUAAACCGUCACCCACUGUAUUACAACCUCGACAUCACUUCAGCAGCCUUGUUGAUAGAUAUACCCUGCACUCCAAAAUGGCGCCCCAAUUCAAAUAUUCCCCAUCCAACCUGGAUCACGUCGAAGAUCUCGAGAAAUAUUGGAGGGGCGGUUUCCAUCCCGUCCACAUCGGCGACAAGCUUGAUAAAGUCAACACAACGACAUAUCGCUACGAGGUUAUCCACAAGCUUGGUUAUGGCGGCUUCUCAACAGUCUGGCUAGCUAACAAUCUCAUAGAGGGCGGUUACUUUGCCCUCAAGAUUGUGUGCGCCUCUCAAAGCUCUUAUGGUCCCGCGCCGUCGGUCAAGGCUAUCCUCGACAGCCAUCCCGCCAGGAUCUUUGUUACGGAGAUUCGUCGUUUUGCCAUCUCGGGUCCAAAUGGGAACCACAUCUGUCAGGUUCUUCCAUUGACAGGACCGAGCUUAUUGUCCUUGAGUCGAGUCCCCUAUCGUCUUCGCCCUGCUGCCUGCAAGACACUUGGUCGACAGGCUGCUCAGGCCCUUGCAUUUCUUCACAAAAAGGGAAUCUGCCAUGGUGACUAUACCGCGUCCAAUCUGGUGUUGGCCGUCUCACCCGCUUUUCACCGACUGACCAAACCACAGCUCCUCCAACUUCUUGGAACUCCUGUUCAGGAUCUGGUACAUCCCACCGGCCCUAAAACAACAUCUGCGCCAAAAUACGUUGUGCAACCAGCGGAUCUGUCCAAGCUUGGGUCCUCGUAUCUCACAGAGACUCUAAUGGUUGUCGACUUUGACCAGAUAUUUGGUUUCGGCAAAACUCUCCCGAGCGGAGUACCACGCAGCCCCGGCUUCAAUCUCGGCACCCCUCUGGUCUAUCUUGCCCCUGAGGUGAUCAUAGAAGGGGCCGCCGGUCCAGGGUCAGACAUCUGGGCACUAGGAUGCACUCUGUUUCGCAUGAGGGCGGGCAUGCAGCUGCUGACGGAGUGGCAUUCCAACAUUGCGUCCAAUGUCCUUGAGGAUAUCUUUGAUGUGGUCAUGGGUCGACCGCCGUCGAAGUGGAAGAGACUUCAGUUCGGGAAGAAUGGUUGGCCUGUGGCGUCGCCUAGGUCGGGCAGUGACAAGGCUAUUGAUACUCUCGAGUUUGGGCAAGAGGCGCCAGAUCCGGAGGAGGAUCUCAAGGCUAAGGUGUGUGGAAUCUGGGAUGAGAACCGGUCAAGGUUGGGAGCUGCGCUCAAACCCAACGAGUCGCCCAUCUUUUGGAAGGUCGAUCCAAACGUGGUGCCGCACUGGGGGAAUGUUGAGGGGGGGUUCCCGCAUAUCCCGCCUGCUGAGGCGUCGCAGUUUCUGGAUUUGCUGAUGAGGACUUUUGAUUACGACCUAAAGAGGCGAAUCACUGCUGAUGAUAUUUUGAAGCAUCCGUGGGUAGCUGGUGUUAAGAGGUAAUUGGUGGGGGUGACAAGGUGGCGUUGAUCAAGCAUAUUUAUCGAAGCGACUGUCUUCUGGAGUCUAUGAUAUAAGUUCUUGUAUUCCUUAGUAAUAUGGUUCGGGG